AUGUCUGGCAAGGGUAAGGGUAAGGGCUACGGCAAGUCGAAGCGCCACUCGAAGGAGAAGGACACGCUCGGGGGCAUCACGAAGCCCGCCAUCCGCCGUCUGGCGCGCCGUGGAGGUGUGAAGCGCAUCUCCUCGACGAUCUACCAGCAGACCCGCGAGGUCCUCAAGGCGUUCCUCGAGGUCGUUCUCCGCGACUCCCUCACAUACACAGAACACGGCCAGCGCAAGACGGUCACGUCCCAGGACGUCGUCUACGCUCUCAAGCGCCAGGGCCGCACACUCUAUGGAUUCGGGAUCUAA